AUGUCCAUCAGAUGGGUGGUUGCAGGUGAAGUGAUCGAGGGCCCAUAUUGUACGGGACAGGCCGCUUUACUUCAGAUCGGGAAUAACGGUGUCUCAUGGUUCACCACGGCAAUUGCGGUAUUGACUUACCUUCAGGUGGCUCACUCAAACCCGUUAAGCAAAAGAGGAGCAAAGAUUUUUGCAGCGGGAUCUAUUUGCUUUACAACCGUAUUCACCCUGUUGGUCAUUGCGAUUCCUGCUUCGAUGGUUUCUCCAUAUUAUGGCAACGCUGGGUUGUGGUGCUGGCUCCCUGGCACAAAUCCUAGCCGUCAGAGGCUACGGUUCGCUUCUCAAUAUGUGUGGAACUGGCUUGCGAUAUUGGUAUCAAUUGCCAUGUAUGGCACGGUGGCAUACAAGUGGUUGUUUCGAGGCCCUUUUCGUACCAACUGUGACAUUAAACGGGCCGCGAUUGCCAUGGGAUGGUACCCUAUUACUUAUCUUAUCGUCACCGCGCCUUCAUCCUCGAUUCGUUUCCGUCAGUUCCAUGGGUAUAAACCAAACACUGCCCAGCGGAUCUUCCCCUUUGUCCUUGCUGUCUCACACGGAGCCAUCAACGUCAUUCUAUGGUUUAUGACUGGCAGACGUUUCGGAUUCUCACCCAAAAAGAACAAUGUUUCUCCUGACUCGGAGAUUCUUUCCUUUAAAGAUGUUGAAACCUCGACCUCACAAGCAACUCCUACGGAUGGUGAUGGGGUUCGACACUCAGCCGUAACCAUUCCAAUUCCCCCACCAACGUGGACGCCUGAACGCCCUAAUGGCAGCGUUCCCUCAGUGACUCAAGUUUCCUCGCCUCCCGGCCUCAGCGGAAACGACAUUCACAUGUAUCCAUGCUCUCUUUCUCCCAUCCCUGGUUCACCGAACAGCGACCAAACGAUUGUUAUAAGCAAUAUAGAUUAA